CUGACGUCAUUUUAAUUCAAGAAGCUACCGGAGUAUAAUUGUCUCAUAUAUGCGCGGCAGUUGUGUAAAUAACAUCCGAUUAAAUUGCAAUUUAUCGGUUCUCUUUUCAGGCAAAUGGACUAUAGGUGUUAUAAACAGCUUGGCUACACAAAAUGUCUUAUGAGUGUCCUGUGUAUUGGUUUCGCCACUUCAAUCUUGUGGAUGUUUAUCAUGGGAAAUAGUUUCAACUUGAACAUGGAAAUGCUGAAAAACACAUUUCAAAGGAAGCCCAUCGAACUUUCCAUUAGAAAAGGAAAUCAAUCAUCGGUUAUUGCUAACCAUUCAGAGGGAGAGAGCACCACGCCUAAAGAGACGUUUACUAGCAAACAUAAUACUUCUGCAAAAGUUGGAAAAUUAAUCUUAUUAAAAAACAACCCACCAUGGAGUCUACAUUCGAUUGUAGUCAGAGAAUUUUCUUUAUGUUCUGCUAAGUGCACACUCGUGAAGUCUGGCAAUAAUCUCAGCGCUUUUGAUGCUAUUAUAUUCAACGCAGUGGGUUAUCCAGAAAACCUUCCACCUAGAAAGGUCCCAGGACAAGUGUGGGUUUAUUUCACUCUAGAAUCUCCAUACCACAGCCAUGACCAUAAAUUUAGCAGGCCGGAAUGGAGAAACAAGUUCAACUGGACUAUGACAUAUAGAGCAGAUUCUGACAUAUGGAAUCCGUAUGGACGUAUACUUAAAAGAGAAAAACCUAUACAGUUAGAUUUUCAAGGAGUAACGAAAAAUAAAACAAAACUGGCAGCGUGGUUUGUCAGUAACUGCAGAACACCAGGCGAACGUCAUAAAUACGUCCAGAAGAUGAAGAAGACGAUUUCAGUUGACAUUUUCGGAGGUUGUGGAGAUAAAAAAUGUCCUUCCAAUAAUGGCACCUUCUGCGGUCAGAUGCUUUCUCGGGACUAUAAAUUCUAUUUGGCAUUUGAAAACAGUCUCUGUUAUGACUAUUUGACAGAAAAGGUAUUUCAAUACAUCACACAACAAAUUGUCCUUGUGGUAAGAGGAGGUGGAAAUUACAGUAAAUUGUUACCUCCCAAUUCGUUCAUCAACACAGCAGAUUUCAAGAGUCCCAAGCUCCUUGCUGAAUAUCUUCUCUACCUGGACAAAAACCACACGGCGUAUGUGGAGUAUUUCAAGUGGAGGAAUCAUUACUAUGUGGGUACAAAUGAGUCGCCUGGUUGUCGACUUUGUAAAAACCUGUCAAAUGCUACAGCCUAUGCCAAUGUCUAUAAGGACAUUUACUCAUGGUGGCAUAAAGAUACUUGCAAACAACCACAGGAUUUGGGUUCUUGAAACAACAUACAUUUCUUACACACCCGUUAGUGAGAACAUCAUUCGUUAUUUUUUUUACAGCACAUGUU